ACAUGUUACGAAGACUUUGUUGACGUUCGAUCGCGGUUGAAGAUUUUGACCUUAACAGCUAUUAUAUUACAUUUUAUCCUCACGAAUAUAAAUUCAAAAUGGAUCAGGCAUUAUCAUAUAACGAUGAUGAACACAUUGAAAGUGUAUGUUUACACAAUCUCUAAUUAUUAAAUACAUAAGAGAUAUAGGAGUUUUAUGGCUAACACAACCUAUAGCGGUUGAUGAAAUCACAAUGUUUAGAGUUGGCAUAUCAGGAAGCACUGCAGAAUACAGAAAUAAUCGUUAAAGAUGAAGCCAGCAGGCGACUCAGGCUACAGAUACUCCUAUUGGAAAAUGAGAAUGAUGAAUUGCACGUUCAACUGGCCACUGAGGAGGACCGAAUCGAUGGAGUAGAAGAAGAGAAUGAGGAUUUACGAACACGUCUUGACCAGGCUCAAGAAGAUACGGAGAAGGUUGAAACAGAGUUAAGAAUGCAGACACGAGAAUUUAAUAAUGUCAAGGUAAUACCAGUUAACUGGGCAUAAUCAAAUACCAUUCUAAUACGUGACUACAUAGGCGGAGCUAAAAUCUAUGAAUGGAGUAACAAUGGACUCGACGAAGAUUCUUACGGAGAAGCUGGCUCUCAGCCGCGAGGUCGCUAUACUGAAACCAGAGUUGGAACAUUUACGUUCACAAGUGGCACAUCAACAAUCAACUCUAGCGGAGAAGUUAGCACUUGAGCGACAAGUUAGCACUCUAGAGGUAGAACUAGAAACAGAGCGUCGUGCUUUGAAUCGUGCCACUGAAAAGAACAACGACCACUCAAAGGAGGUUGAGCUUCAACACAAAAUUGAUGCACUGCAGAAAGAUCUUUCAGAGGAAAAGCGAGAAAGAGAGAAGGUUAAGAAAGAGAUGGCGAAAGAAGCAUCAGCUGCCCAGAAGGAGUUUGCACAAGAGAAGCGUGAAGUUGAGAAGAGCCGCAAAGAGACAGAGAAGGAGACAGAGGUUCUUCGUAAGGAGUUGGUAGUUUUGAAGCGUGAGAAUGAGGGGCGGCAAGCCGGAGAGAAGGAGAUAGAGGCUCUUAGGAAUGAAAUCGCACUAUUAAAGAGCAACAAUGAGAAAGGGCAACAAUCUGGGGAAAAGGAAAUCGAGACUCUGAGAAAGGAGUUUUCGCAUACGAAGCGAGAAAUCGAAAAAGCACACAAGAACACACAGAAGGAGCUGGCCGCUUCUCAAGCUCAGGUGGAAACUUUGGAAAGUGAAAUUGACCAGCUUCGUGAUAGUGAGAAAGGGCAGAAACAGGGUGAAGAGGAAAUCGAGGUUCUCAGAAAGGAAUUCGCCCAUACAAAGCGAGACAUGGAAAAGUCUCAUAAGGACACACAGAAAGAGUUGGCGGCUUCUCGGGUUUUGAUUGGAUCCCUGGAGAGCAAGGUUGAGCAGCUCCGUACCAAAAUGCGCGCCGCAAGAGAACAGUUGAAAGAAUGUCAGGCUGAACUGAACGAGGCGCGCACUGCAGCUUUGAAGCUCCCCGUUGUGACGAGUCGGGAGGCUGUUCCAAUGAAAGAUUCAGGCAAAAGAUCUGCCCGAGAGAUGAGCAUGGAUAUCACUAUUGGAACGCCGGAUGGAGUAGCAGGACGCGGAAAGCGAGCUGUGGCAAACAGGGGUAGGGCUGACCAGACAUUGUUAGGAGAAAAGUCAACGUUUUCCAUCACACCCUACCUGAACAAGACGAUCAAUAUGGCUCCAGAUACACCAGAAAGUGGAGAAUCGCCCGGAGAUAUGGUUGGAAAAGUAACUGAGACAGAAAGACCUAUCGAGGGCGACCAGGUAUCGGAAGAACAGGAGGAGAGUCCUGAACCACCCGUGCAGCAGGUCAAACCUAAGCUUAAGGCAAGAAAGAAGCUAGCCGAGAAAUCCUCUGGUGACGAAAAGAAAGUGUUGGUCGAAGCGAAGGCUGGUACCAAGAAUAAGAAGUCUGUAGCCCAAAAGCUUAAGGAAUCACGUACCUUAGAUAAAGUUACAGAGGAAGAGGAAGGGGACGAAAAUGAACAACCCAAGAAACCUGCCGCUCGCAAAAUCAAGGCACAACGCAUGCUAGAGAAGGUUGCAGAGGAAGAGGAUGGAGAUGAAAACGAGCAGCCUGAGGAACCAGAAAAUUCCGAAGAGCGAGAAAUUGCAAAGCCCGUAAAAGCUAAGACAAAGGCUAUGGAGGAGCCAGAGCAAAAGAAGAAGAAACGUAAAGUCCUUGGAGGCGUUGCCAAGACACUAUUUGAUGACGAGGAUGGUGAAGCUCCCAAGAAACCAGCAAAGAUAGCACUUGGCCCAGCGAGGUUGCUGGGUAAAGGUGGUCUCGCCGGACCAAGGGGAGGGCUGAAAGGCGGCCUCGCAGCUGGUAGUGGGUUUGGAGCAUUCUCACCUUUGAAGAAGGAUCGUAGGGGUGCGGGAGCAAGUUUCUUAGCAUAAGCUGUUGAGGAUUAAUGAAGCAAUUAGGCGUUUAGGAUAGGGCGUUUAGGAUAGGGAGAGUACAGGCUCACCUGGCAGCGUUGGUCUUUGAUAAAGUAGGU